CGGGCCGGCUGCUGGGCCGAGCCGCGCUGGGGCUGCGGGACCGGCGGCGCGGGGCGAGGCGGCGGGAUGAGCCUGGCGGAGUGACGGGAGCCCCGGGCCGCCCUCCUGCCCGCUCCGCUCCUCGCUCCGCCCCGCCCGGCUCCGCUCUGGCUUCGGGCCCCUUCUCUCUGCGCUGCGGCGGGCGGAGGCGGCGGAAGGAGAAGCUGAUGGAGGGGAACCGGGACGAGGCGGAGAAGUGCAUCGGGAUCGCGCGCGAGGCGCUGGAGGCCGGCAACCGCGACCGCGCCCUCCGCUUCCUCGGCAAGGCCCAGAAGCUCUACCCCACCGAGACGGCCCGAGUUUUGUUGGAAGCUAUUACGAAGAAUGGAAGUACUGCUGGGGGAGGCGCUUACUGCCGAAAACCAGCCAGUAGCAAUGAUCAAAGUAAGCCCACUAGCACGAAGGAGGGCAAUGCAUCUGCUGCAGGUGAAAGUGGAAAAGGCUACACCAAAGACCAAAUGGAAGGAGUAUUCAGUAUGAAGAAGUAUAAAAAUUAUUACGAAGUCCUUGGGGUAUCAAAGGAUGCAGGUGAAGAAGACCUGAAGAAAGCUUAUCGCAAACUUGCUUUGAAAUUUCACCCAGACAAAAACCACGCACCUGGAGCAACGGAGGCUUUUAAAAAAAUAGGAAAUGCAUAUGCUGUGCUGAGUAAUCCAGAAAAACGAAAGCAGUACGACCUUACAGGCAAUGAAGAGCAAACGUGCAGUCACCCUAGCAAUGGUAGAUUCAACUUUCACAGAGGCUGUGAGGCUGAUAUUACUCCAGAAGAUUUGUUCAACAUGUUUUUUGGAGGGGCAUUUCCAACAGGUAGUGUGCACUCAUUUUCUAAUGGUCGUGCUGGCUACAGUCAUCCUAAUCAGCACCGUCAGAGUGGACAUGAGAGGGAGGAAGAGAGGGGUGAUGGAGGUUUCUCUAUGUUCAUUCAAUUGAUGCCUGUUAUAGUGCUGAUCCUUGUCUCCUUGUUGAGCCAGCUGAUGGUAUCUAACCCUCCUUAUGCCUUAUACCCAAGAUCGAGUACAAGGCAGACUAUUAAAAUGCAGACAGAAAAUCUGGGUGUUGUUUAUUAUGUCAACAAGGACUUUCGAAAUGAAUAUAAAGGAGCAUCAUUACAGAAAGUGGAAAAGAGUGUGGAAGAGGAUUAUGUGUCCAACAUUCGUAAUAACUGCUGGAAGGAGAGGCAGCAAAAAACGGAGUUACUUCAUGCAUCAAAAGUUUAUCGAGAUGAUCGUCUCCGAAAGAAAGCAGACUCCAUGUCCAUGGAAAACUGCAAAGAACUAGAACGUUUGACCAGCCUCUAUCGAGGAGGAUGACCUACAGUUAUACAUCUUUCGUAUGCCAUUAUCUCUCUUGUAAAUUAAGAAGAGAUUUAGUUUCACCAUGAAUGCUGGAAAAGAGGGGUGGAUGUAAAACUCUACUGUGUAGCUGUUUCCAGAAACCUUAAGCUGAAAUAUCAUGUAAUGGCUUCUUUACCUACUGUGAAAUAUAGGUAACUUUAAUUGUCUAGAUUUUACUUCGAAGCUUCUGUGAAUUCUUUCAGCAGAGAGAAUAGCUUAGAAAGGAUGCUAUACUUGUAGAAACUUAGUCAUAGUGGUUCUCCUCUAACAUAUUUGCCAUGUAAAUAUCUGUGGAAAGAACAUUUUGUGUAUAUACGAGUUAAAUGACUUUCUAUUUAAAAUCUCAGAAAUUUAGUUCCAUACAACAUUUUGUCUCACUAAUGGAAUAAAUAGUAUGAUUACAUCACUCCUAUUCAGAUGUCAAGUGUGUGGAGUUGAAAUGAGAAUUUUUAAUAUUUUAUCUUUAACUCUGUGUGAAAUCUUCUAGGCCUGCCAGCUUAGAGGAACUUGGUAUUUUUAAAUAUAAUGGCAUAUAUUCCUAAUUAUCUGUUGGGAUGCAUUGAUCUGGUGUAGAGUAGCAGUCAGUUGUUGUAGUUUUUUUAGUGUUUCUAAGCAAUGCUGAGAAAACUAAGAACUACACUAACUUCUUUUCCAAGUAAAUAUUCUAUGAUUUGCAAAUUCUGUACUGAACAUUGUAAGCAUUGCUUUUAGUACUUGCAGCAGUUUACAGCAGCUCUAUCAUUUGGUAUUCCAGUACUAGUAAAUCCAUACAUAUGGCUAACAUGCAUAUAGCUUCUGUAAUUUUCACUGGAAAGACAGAAGAAAAACAUGAAGG